CUCAACUGCACACAAAACAUUCUCAAUCCUGGGCAUCUGAGGUUUUGCUAGCGAAGAUGGAGCAAUGCGGCUGCCGCUCAUUUCUAGAUCACACACUUCUGUUCUGACCAGGAGCCGGUGGGUGUUUGCUCCUAACUGGCGUGUAUUCUCGCAGCGCCAUGAAUAUCUGUCUCGUCAGGCUGUAGUCCUUGCUCAAAAUCUAUCAACCUGGCAAACACCUGGAGUGGCCAGUUCCAACUCGGCAUCGUAUCAGCAAUCCAAAUCGUCGAAGCUCCCCGGUGCCGAACCGAAAUCACACUCGAACAAGCGCCUUAUCAAAUACCGCAAGAGACUCCUUGACAAAUACCGCAAGAGACUCCUUGUCAAACACCGCACGAGACUCUUUUUCAAAUACCGCAGGAGACUUCCUUUUAAGUACCGCAAGAGACUCCUUGUCAAAUACCGCAGGAGACUCUUUGUCAAAUACCGCAGGAGACUCCCUUUUAAGUACCGCAAGAGACUCCUUGUCAAAUCCCCCCACAGACUCCUUGUCGACGCUUUGGACCUCUAUCGCGAUCACGAUACCGCUCUCUCCUCCGAGUUUUCCGAUACCGCUCUCUCCUCCGUGUUCAAGCUUGCCAGACUAAGGAUUCUUGCGCUGGACAAGAGCACCCAGCUCAUCGUCGUCACAGCGCAAAGGAUCCUUCGCGAGGUACCACAAUUGGAUCCAAGAAUUGGAGACCUGCUAUGCAGCAAUGUGGAAUGGCAGGCCAAGCUGCACUACUUGGCGAGAAGAGGUGUCACAGUGGGUGACAUAUCCUAUUGGGCUUGGACUCUUGUUCCGCAAGACCCGGACAAGAGAGUGGCCAGGUUUAUGAGCAAACCGUGCCAUAAACCACUAUUUGUGCUGAGCCAUCUUCUUCGCAAAAACGCACGCUUGAGUCCUGAUUCUUUUGAAAAACUCCUGAAAUACUACAGAGAAUGGUUUUCGAGUCAACAAACAGGGCGUGAUGUUGCGAAGACUUUCGGCCGGUACUUCGUAAUGGCCCCUGUGAAUUUCCUCGGGCUGGCUAAGACCAUCUGCUUCCAUGCAAGCAGACUUCGGCCCGCUGCCUUACCAGAGAUCGCAGACCUGUCCGUGGCAUACAUCAAGAGUAUACCACAACGCUGUCGGCAUCCAGGCAAGGCAUAUAAGUUUCAAUGUGAGGUGUUUAACGGUGUCCUACAAGCUGUUUCACUUCCAGCAGAAAGCUCGCCAUACAACCAAGCCUCGCAAAAUUGGAGAGCAGUUACUAUUCUGCUCUCGCUGUCGUCCAGCUUGGAGCGUCCCCUCAUCAUCGAGCAAGAAAGUUAUCGGGCAAUCAGGCAAGUUCUGCUUGCGUUACCGAAGACAGCUUCAGAACGGGACACGGCUGGCGCUCUUUCCAGCUCAUGGCCCCCUUAUCGAAUAUUGCGAGACGGCAUGGAAGAAAUGGCGGACACGCAAGAGUAUUUAAGCAGAGUUGUCAAAGCUGGCUUCAUGAUGCAAGAGAGCGGUUACAGCAAGAAGGAAAUCGAUGUGGCCACAGACGUGUUAGGAGGCAUGGCUCCCGACGGAUCGCCAACAAUUCAAACGAGGGCUAAUUUCCCGCGCCAUCUGCAUGCGGAGCAACGAGUGUGGGCGGCGUUGGUUCGGGCAACUCGAAACGCCCAAGAAGCCUGGGCAGCAUUCAAAAAUCCUCCUGAAUCCGGAAUGAGGCCAACGUUUGAAGUGUACUGGGAGUUGAUAUUGAAGCUUGCAGCACGACAAGCCGAUCCUCGCCACCGCAAUCUUCCCGGGGAUGGGAGAGAAGUCUUCCCUUUUGAUGACAGAAACUUGAGCGACUUUGAGAAAGCGCGAAUCAGUCCGCCCAGCAUCCCACAGUUGAUAAAGCAGAUGGCCAACGCUGGUGUGGCCAUCGGCGAAGGGCCCUUGGCUUGGUUGCUUAGACGGGCUCCUGACGUCGGGACUGCUCUGAAGUAUAUCAACCACAGCAGCGUACACAAAGCACUCAAGGCCUCUCUCAGGAAGCGCUUGAAAGGAUGCCGGAGGCCUGUGAAAACUGUACCGACCAGGCACUUUCGACCCAUCAACUUACAUUUCGAAAUUCUCCAUGCAACUGUCGACUUCCUUUGCCGUAUACAGCCCAAUCGAACGGCAAACACACCUGACUAUGUCCACAAAUACAAAUUCUACCCCAUCCAUCACGCUUAUUGGCUCGCGCAAACCGGACAGAAUCUUGCCCUUGCUUCUGAUCGGCCACCGUUGGAGUUAAUCAUGCGUGCUCUGGGCAGGCCGAACAUCAUGAUUAGCAAGGAUGACCCACAAGCUAACAACAUUAAGGUUUUGAAGAUGGCCCUCAGAGUCUUGGAGGAGGCCGAGAGACGUCACGCGCUCACCUUAGACAUGCUCGAUUCAUUUGCCCAAGCAGUACGUAAGGUGGUUUACUCAAGCCUUUCCAUGUUACUUUCCACUUCGGCGAUACUUCCUGGGGACGAGGAGUUCAUGUCACUCUAUCGAGCGCAGAACACAGAGCUGGCGUUGCCAAACGGGCCCAACGUCUUCCGGAGACCAGAUGCGGCCGAUAACGUUGAUGGUUCUCGGCGACAAAUACUCACGCCGGUUUCCGAUGCCCAGCAAGAGCGGAAAAAUCUUCAGAAACCCUACGAGGUCGUCCGAAAAGCAUUGGAGAGAUUGAAAGCUGCCUGGAGAGUUCUGUCGACCAAGGCCUCAGCACACCCUCCUUUCGCCAACUGGCGCGUGACGGAAAUGCAUAUAUAUAAUUACAUGCGUACACUCGUAGCUGUCGGUGAUCUGGAGGAGGCGGUGCUGCUUCUGUGCUGGACUGUGCGGGACUGGGCUCCCGUCGCUGCCGCUAAUUUGACUCCUGGAAAAGUCGGGCGUCUGUCUAAGGCAGUCAUCGUCUUCCGGGCGUUUGCGGAGCCCUUGCUUGACAAAAGGGCAGUGGCGUCUUUGCGCGAGGAGAUUGAAACGAAUAGAGAGCAGGGAGGGCCUGUGCGCUGGCCGACCGACCAAGAGGUAGAAGAGUACGUACAGGGUGAUAACUGGGGCAACCACCGAUACUUGCACGAAGUGGUCAAGUUCUCAGCGUCUCGAAGCAAAAGCAUCGGCUGUCGGGAGCUCGGAAAAGAUAAAGAUGUUGACUAAGAGCUGGGGGGGGGGGGUUGUUUGUAGGAUAAGGCCAUGAUAUGGUAUCAGGGUUGAGGAGGUCUUGGCACCGUGUAUAAACAAAAGGCAUAAAGAGGGUCGUUAUAAACCAGGACCAAUUCCCAGUAGCGCACAAAAGCAAGUUCACUUAUGUACAAUAGUCCCGUGGGCGACGACGAGCUGAAAACAGCAAGCAGUAUGCGGUCAUUAAUUAGGAACGACAAACCCAGCGAUAUGUUCAAGUUCUUGAUGGAACGAACCUAAGCCACUCCAGACCAGACUGCCUGUCCCUAC